UUUUACUUCCCUGCUUCAUUCUUUACUUUACACACCAUUUCAACCCAUUACAUGCGCUAUAGCCAUGUCCGCAAAGUCGAACGGCCCCAUUCGUUCUCCCCACUCGUCAGACCCGGACGGCAAGUCUAGCUCGGCGCGAGAAUUCAGAUCGCAGCUGGAAGCCAUCGCCAACACCCCUAGUCCCCUCAAUCGCACAUCCGAGUGGGUGUCGGGCAUCGACGAUGCAUCGGGCCAACACAGCACGAGCUACAUGGAGCGAUUGUGCCGCGGUGUCCGCUCGCUCUUCCUCGAAGUGUUGCAAACCCUGCUGCUUGAAAAGCAAGAGCCCGAGGAAGUCACCAACAGCGUUCGUCGAAGCUACGAGACCAUUGUCAUCUGGGACGAUGACUUUGGCGCUUCAUCCGGGGGCUUGGAUGAGACAUUCCAGAAAAGCCCCGAGAUCAGGAACCUAACGGCCGAAAUCAUGAGGGAGGUCGCGGAGAUAUUGAUCGAAGUCUCAACAUUUGGACUGUCAGUUUCAAUCUUUCGUUUUGCGGAACGCGCUAGGAAUCUCCAAGAUCUAAUGGAUUCGGCGCGAUUUAUGGAGAGUCACGGCUAUAACUGGGAUGAGGAUAACAAACGCCGUCUUCCCCCUCCUCCCAGAAAUCCAAGAGACAUUCUCGAAAAGACCAAAUCUCUGACCGCAGCCACCGAGUGUCUCAGCAGCCUGGCACCACUGUACGAAGAGCCUCCUGUUCAGUUUGUCCCUUAUGAGACAGAACGUCUAGCGAGCGAGGUAGACGUUUAUAACUCUGAACGGGGGCAAGCAUUUAAAGACCAGAUACAUGAGCGACUUCCAGGCGUAAAUGACGCCGUGGCCUCGAAACUGGCACAAGCCAAUGUUAGCCGGUUGACUCGUUUGAUUCGAACGAGACAAGACAAUAACAGGAAAAAUUGCAAGGGGGCUACCAAUAUCGCUUCACCUGGGCACGACUCUGACCAGGGAGCCUCUUUCAAUGCUGAUAGUUGCGCCGAAACAUUGAUGAGCUUCACACAAUGGGACAGUCAGGCAAGGCGUGUUCCCCGUUUAAGUAAAGAAGCACAAGCGGGGAUCCCCUUCAUUUGCUGGCUCUGUGGACUCGAAGCCACAAUCAAAGAUGACAGAACAUGGAAACACCAUAUCGUCACAGAUCUCAAGCCAUACAUCUGCAUCGCUCCCAGCUGCUACGGUGAGCGUGUGGUGCCGUUCGAGAAUUGCCAGUCUUGGGAAAGCCAUCUUUUGGCCAAGCAUUCAGACGACUGGAAGUUGGAGUCCUGUCCACUCUGCCACCAGGAGACGGCCGGAAUGGACAGGCCCGCUAUUACAAAGCAUAUAAGACAUCACCUCAAGGAGGUUGCCCUUGCUUCAAUGCCGAUAGGGACAGAUCCAGGCUUGGAUGAUGGGUCUCAACAAGACAGUGCAUCAAAUGAAGAAGACGACGCCGCUCCACUCAGCUGUCCGUUCCGAAAACGAAACCCGCAGCGAUUCAACGUCGAUAGAUGGCCCAGCUGCGCACUUGGAUCAUUUGAAAACAUCCUGAUGCUUAAGGGGCACAUUAAAUCUUGCCAUUCUUUACACCAGUCUGAGUUUGUGUGCAAGAGAUGCAAAACAAGCUUUCGCGACUCCAAGUCCCUCGAGGCGCACUUGAAUCGUUCCCGCUCGGGCAAGUGCAAAGAGGUUGUUGAGAAUCCUGAAGAUGGGGUUAAUAGGGAAAAAGCUGAUAAGCUUGAUCCACUUGAUAAAACUCCUCAAGUCAAAGACUGGAAAGCUGUGUGGCAUACUUUGUUCCCUGCGGACAAGGAUGUUCCCCCCUGCGCCUUCGUUCCGCCAGCAGGGAGCUUUAGUUCAUCUUCUUCAGAGUGGUAAGAGCAAUGUGUCGGAUGAACUCGGCUGGUCCGAGUGGGGCGAGUAACGCAAGUUCUGCAACUGUGGCACCGCCUGCUGGUUUCGGACCAGAGACUUUAUAAAAGAACGACAAGUGUGUUGGGUUUGUCAAGAGAACAGAACUAGUAUGUUCUAUAUUUUUCUUGAGAAUGAGCAUGUCCUGCUCUACACACCUUUCUCCACCAAUAAAUAAACAGAAUAUACCCAACCUCGAACUACCAUAAAGCCGCUCGCCAGG